UAAAGAUGCAUAUUAUCUGCAUUCGUGUGUAUGUGUCACUAUACAUAUAUACUCCCUCCUCUCCCUCUCUCCCUCUCCCUCUUCUCUCUCUCUCUCUCUCUCCUGUUGAUUUCGUGGUUGUUUUCUUCUCAAAUCGGUGAAAAAUGACUUUGCACGCUAUCUUCUUCAAAGAUGGGAGUGCUCAAUACCCCAUGAAUAGGGCGGCGCAGUCGACCGUGCCACGGUGGAGUGGAUUCGGAUGUCAGACGCCGCUGCCGGUGGGGGUUUACGGUGAAGGGUUUAUCCCAUCGAAGGCCGCCUCUCUGGAACUUUCCAACGGCCAAUUUGGUGAUCAUGACAAACUCAAUACCACUCACUUCACUCUUUUCUCCGAAUCAUGUAUAGGUGAGUGUGAAAACGGGAAAAAUCGAGUGCAGGCUGGCGCCGUGGAUUAUCUUGAGCUUGGAUUUGGACAGCCAGUGAUUUGUGCUGCUAAAUAUCCAUAUCCAUAUCCAUAUCCAGCUGAUGAAUGUAGUAAUGGGCCUAUUGCGGGCCGAAUGAUGCUGGCCCUUGACGGAGGCCCAAUCUUGGUGAACGCAAAGCAGUACAACGCAAUCAUGAGGCGCAGGAAGAAGCGUGCCCACGCUCUCAAUAUCAACAUUCGUAAGCCGUAUAUGCACCUUUCGCGUCACCUCCACGCGAAGCGGCGGCCGAGGGGCAAUGGGGGCCGCUUCCUCAACACCAAGAGCUCGGGCAGCAGCCCCGGAUCGGAUGUGAGCAGCGAUCAGGAGGUGGGAAACGCUGCAGCGGCGCUGCACCUCUUCCAUGCCUUCCACCUCAAGGUCUGAUGUGAUGACGAUGAUGGUGUCAUCACCUGGGCAAUUCAUCCUUGGCUAUCUCAACAUAGUUUAAUUCAUCUUUAAUUAUGUACUUAAGUAAUUAAUUAGGGCUGUGCAUCUUCUCAUUAGUUGAGAAAUGAGAAUGCCAAUCGCUCCUAAUUGCUCUUGUUUCUUGUUUUACUUUUCCAAGUCCUGUGUUGCAAAAAUAACAGACUCGUCGAGUCGAGUCUUAGUCUAGUCUUUUAUGGUGUUGCUUGUAGUAUUGCUGAAUCUCUGUAACAUAUGCACUUGAUCUAUUUUAUUACUCUAUGUAAUGUAAUUAUUCAAUCUCCUUAUGUUGGAA